AUGGGCUUGGGUCUGCUAAACUGGAAGAUGCAUCCGCAGGCUAUCACGCAGCCUCAGGAGGACGACCGCGAUUACAAGUUGCGGUUCGCUAGUGAUGGCACGUUCCAAAUCACAGUCUUCUCGGACCUGCAUUUGGCAGAGCAUGAAAGCGAAGUAAAGGGUCCAGCGCAGGACUUGAGAACCGUGGCUGUCGUGGAAAAAGUGCUAGACCACGAAAGUAACUCUCAACUGGUCGUGCUCAAUGGAGAUCUGGUAUCUGGUUACGGCACUGUAGCCGACAAUGUGACUAGCUAUCUAGAUGAAAUCGUCUCCCCAAUCGUCAAGAAGCAGCUUCCAUGGGCAUCGACGUACGGCAACCACGACCAUCAGCGUUACGCAAACAGCUCGAAAAUAUACGACAGGGAGAAGACUUACAAUAACAGCCUGACCCAAAGGAUGGUUCCCGGUGACCCUGAAGACGUGGGCGUGUCGAAUUACUAUUUGCCCGUGUAUGCAGCGGAUGGAACUCCGAACGUGCCGGAAGUCAUUUUGUGGUUUUUUGACAGCAGGGGCGGACAAUACCUCAGAGAUGGAGAGAAUCGACAGGACUGGGUUCAUGCCUCGGUUGUUGAAUGGUUUAAACAGAAGAAUAGCGAACUCACACACCGAUAUGGAAAGACCAUCCCGUCACUCGCGUUCUUUCAUAUCCCUAUAGCUGCAGCACACUACUUUCAGAAGAAUCCGGGCGUCGACCCGAGUAAGGAACCGGGCCAGAAUUUGGAACCUGUUGUGUGGCAAGGCCAAAUGUACGAUAAUAAAACUGGCCAUGAUGUGGAGUUCAUGAGAGCUCUGUCGAAGACAGAUGGCCUGUUAGCUACAUUUAGCGGUCAUGAUCAUUGCAAUGACUGGUGUUUUAAAUGGACUGAUGAUCUCCCUGGCCAGGAUGUACCGGGAAACAACGUGAAUGUCUGCUACGGUCGUCAUUCUGGAUAUGGAGGAUAUGGACAUCUGGCUCGUGGUGGACGACACAUCGUGCUAAAGAAGGACACUCUCCAGAAAGAGGUGGUGACCUGGAUUCGACUAGAGGACGGUUGGAUUACCGAAAAUGUGACGCUGAAUGCGACAUAUGGCCAUGAUGAGUAUCAUCCUGUCCCGGUGCACUUGGAGCUCAAGAGGAGCACGGCCGAAAGCAUAGGCGAUGGACUUACUCCAGGUAUAAAUUCGGCCUUGCUCUUCCUCCUCCUGGCGUUCUUUCUCCAGCUAAGGUUCUGA